CUGGCAGACGUCAAACAAACCAUAGUAAUGUUGGUUGUUUGAAUAAGAUAUACUUCAUGUCCAUGUCAUAUGUGUUCAAAAUCGCCACAGCAUGGGACAGGUUUGAACAGAUUUGAAUUUGCAUUACAGUGUGUCCUGUGAUUUGGAAGAAAGGUUAAAUUAUUCUUUGGAGAUUGUGUCUUACCACAUUGUUUCAUAAUUUGGAGGAAAACAAGACUUCAGAGAUGCCAGUCGUGGAAGAUCAACAUGCCAAAGAAGCUCUCCAACAUGACAGAAUAUCUACACAAUCACCAGCAAAAAUGUUGUCGCAAGAACCACGACAAGGACGAAGUCAUAGACUUGGACAUGCUGAGACUUCGGUUUUUGAAAGGUCUGAAUGGCGGAGAUAUGUUGAAACUUCGGUUUUUUCUCUGCUUCUGAAGCGAUAUAGUCAGCAGCAAUCAAUCGUCCGACCAGUGACAUGCACUGCAAGUAGAAGCGGUAUUGUCGAUGUGCAUGUCAGGUUUAAUGCUAAUGCUAGCAACAUUCAGAAUCCCAUCUGUCUGUCAGUGAGUGGAUGCGAUGGAACAGCGCCUGUGAAUUGUAGUGUGAAUUCCUCUGAGCUGUUACGGAGCGUUGUUACAACAUCUCCAAAUAGUUUCGUGUGUGCACCUUGGCCACUUUGGGAACACCAAGCUCGUCAGGAUUGCAUGUCAAUAUCUCAAUUAGAGUCAUCAUCAGAGCAGCAUGCUUCAUCCAUGAACGACUGUCCCAUAUUGUCAAAUCAAGGCUUACACAGAGAAGAUCAACACCAAGCUCGUCAGGAUUACUUAUCAACACCUCAUUUAGAGUCAUCAGAGCGGCAUGCUUCAUCCAUGAACAACCAUCCCAAACUAUCAAAUGAAGGCUUACACUUAGGAAAUCAACACCAAGCUAGUCAGGGCUGCUUGUCAAUAUCUCAAUUAGACUCAUCAGAGCGGUAUGCUUUAUCCAUGAACGACCGUCCCAAACUACCGACUAAAGAUUUUCACAGCGAAGAUCCAAAUGUUUUGCAUGCUUCCAACGCUUUGAUCACCUUUUCUCUUCAAGAAGGAUAUGUGUUUUACAACAAAAUAUCUGGCUGUGCACAAAGAGUGCCUGUGUCUAGUGACUCCAAAUCAACAACUAAACUAUCCAGGAUGGCUCGAGCAAAGAAAUAUGAAGCUAAUGUGCCAGUAGAAAGACAUAAGCAUAUGGUCACUGUGAAGAAUUAUACAAAGUUACCACCUAUUGGAAGCAUUUUGAAGAAUCGGGACAGAGGUGGCGCUACAAGUCCAAUGCAACAAGGGUCAAACAGCACAGAAAGUGGCCAUGGCAAGGGCGACAUGUCUCGGGUUUUCAUACAUGGAGUGUCUACAUUACCGUCCUACACACCGCGACUUCCUCGCGAAUCAGGCAACAUAUAUGCGAGGGAAGGCCUGUCCAGUUAUACCCAUAGUGAACGCAAUGCACACAGUUCAGAAGGCAGAAAGCAGGUAGGGACUCAGCAGAUGUACAGCGAAAGGUGCUGGGAUUCGUUGACCAGAGAAAGCCGUCAUGAGCACUGGGUCUAUGCAACCCCACUAAAUGACAGUAACUCCGAUGAGCAUGUCAUUGAAAAGGUUGCAGCUAUAGAAACCGAGCGUCCUGAUCAACCAAUGGUUCCUGAUUCACGUGAACACAAACCUGGAUGCAGUGAUGUAUCGUAUAAUCCUCCACCAAUGAAAGAUGCACAUCUGAAGUUGCAUGAAAUCAAACAAGAGGUUAUUGCAGAUACAAACUAUGACACAGAAGGUGGGUUGUACAAUAUGGACCCAUAUUUUCAGGCUGACGACUUAUCACAGUCAAGUCCUUCAACAAGCCCCAUGUACAUUUGUGGGCACUGUAACAUCGAGGUGGAUAGUGAGGUUCUCUUGCUGAAUCACAUGCACAGUGAUCAUAUCAUAAAAAUAUAGGGUGUGUCCCGUUGAAAGCUUCUAGUGAUGUUUGUGUUAAUUCAGACCCAUAUGUGAGUAGUUUGCAUGUGUAGAGUUAGAGUUUUCUUUGCAAUCUGUUGAUGUGUUCUGAGACUUCUCCUAUAUUAAUUAUGUUAAAAUGCA